CCUGUGCAGCAGCUGAGGAACCCUGGAUUUCAUAUUACAGACUAAAACCCUGGUAAAACUGCUCAAAAUCCUUCCUGCAGCUGCCAGGCAACAACGACAGAGAGUUAAAUCCUGUUCUUCUCCAAUACAAUCGAAGCACUCCAUUCUAGCUCUGGCUGCUUUUGAUUGCAGCUCAGUGUUCUUACUAGAAAUAUGGAUACUGAGAAGAGAAUACAGCACUGCAUUGUCCGGCCAGGAAAACAGCAGAUGUAAAAAGCUUCAAUGCAUCAACUGUCAGCAGAAGUCGACAGUGCUCCAAACAGAACGAACAACCACAGCUCUUUUGUUUAAAGAAAGAGAAAGAAAAUGAAAGAAAGGAAAAACCUCAGAAGACCAGGACCCAUAUGAACAAGAAGGGGAACUCGAAGACAAGCAGACAGAUGGACACUCUGGACACUGUGAAAGGCAAUCGCAGGAGGCAGACUGCUGGGGGAGGUGCGCAUGUUCGAUAGCAUCUUGGCUGAAGUGACGGCGUGCCAAAAGUAUCUUCAGUGGGCAUAACCCUCGCCACAUAAAUGCCUGACCAAGGAAGAAUGACUGCGAGGGAGACGACGUGACCGCAUUAGAAAAUGAUUACCAAAAAACAGUAGAUUCAGGAGAAGAACACAUUCUCAGCCACCGAUCUCUCUCAUCCACUACUGGAUAUUUACAACAUGCUUCAGUGGAGAAGAAGACACUGCUGCCUUGCAAAGCUGAGCUGGAAUGCCAAGAGGUCUCUGUUCCGCACCCAUCUUAUUGGUGUACUUUCUCUUGUGUUUCUGUUUGCCGUGUUUUUGUUUUUCAAUCAUCACGACUGGCUGCCAGGCAGAACUGGAUUCAAAGAAAACCCUGUGACAUACGCUUUCCGUGGAUUUCGUUCCACACAGAGUGAGACAAACCACAGCUCUCUUCGGAACAUCUGGAAAGAAGCAGUCCCGCAGACUCUGAGGCCGCAAACAGCAACUAACUCCAAUAACACAGAUUUGUCACCACAAGGAGUUACAGGGCUGGAGAAUACACUCAGUGCCAAUGGAAGUAUUUACAAUGAAAAAGGCACUGGACAUCCAAAUUCUUACCAUUUCAAAUACCUUAUCAAUGAACCUGAAAAAUGCCAGGAGAAAAGCCCUUUUUUAAUACUACUAAUAGCUGCAGAACCUGGACAGAUAGAAGCUAGAAGAGCUAUUCGUCAAACUUGGGGCAAUGAAAGUCUAGCACCUGGUAUCCAAAUCAUACGAAUUUUUUUGUUGGGUGUAAGUAUUAAGUUAAAUGGCUACCUUCAACGUGCAAUACUGGAAGAAAGCAGACAAUACCACGAUAUAAUUCAACAGGAAUAUUUAGAUACAUACUAUAAUCUGACCAUUAAAACACUAAUGGGCAUGAACUGGGUUGCCACAUACUGUCCACAUAUUCCAUAUGUUAUGAAAACUGACAGUGACAUGUUUGUCAACACCGAAUAUUUAAUACUUAAGUUACUGAAGCCAGACCUGCCUCCUAGACAUAACUAUUUUACUGGUUACCUAAUGAGGGGAUACGCACCCAACAGAAACAAAGACAGCAAGUGGUACAUGCCACCAGACCUCUACCCAAGUGAGCGCUAUCCUGUCUUCUGUUCCGGGACUGGUUAUGUUUUUUCUGGAGAUCUGGCAGAGAAGAUAUUUAAAGUUUCUUUAAGCAUACGUCGUUUGCACUUGGAAGAUGUAUAUGUAGGGAUCUGUCUUGCCAAGUUGAGAAUUGAUCCUGUCCCCCCUCCCAAUGAGUUUGUGUUCAAUCACUGGCGAGUUUCUUAUUCAAGCUGUAAAUACAGCCACCUAAUUACCUCUCAUCAGUUCCAGCCUAGUGAACUGAUAAAAUACUGGAACCAUUUACAACAAAAUAAGCACAACGCUUGUGCCAAUGCAGCAAAAGAAAAAGCAGGCAGGUAUCGCCACCGCAAACUCCACUAGAAAAGACAACUUUUUUUUUUUUUUCCCAAACGUGCAAUCUGUAGAAUAUUGCUAAAAGCAUGUAUAGUUAAAACUGAUCACAUCCAUAGGACAAGUUUUAGUUAAAACUCAUCGCAUAAAGGAAUCCAAAAAUAUUUUUUUAAUUUCUGAAGAAGGUAAUUCUUAAAAAUACAUGAUAUAACAAAAAGGUAUCCCAAACAAUCUACUAAAAAUCCACAUAUGGGGAUUCUGUGUAUUAACAUGCAAUAACAGGCGUGCAUACAUCAAUGGUUCAACUCUUACGUUAGGGGCCAAGAAGGUGUGUUUGCAUAUGUUUUCCACAUAAAUUUUAAUUUAAGAAAUGGAUACAGUCAAAAGACCCUUCAUUUGGGAUUCAGUUUUUCAUUUCAAUAUAUAAUUAAAUGUAAAUAAAACAUUAUUGUCAAUUUUAAGGAAACUUUAUAAUUCUGCAAAGGACAAAUUUUGACCUAUUCUAGGGUUCUAAAAACCAUAGUCCAUGCAAUAAGAUUUAGUUGAAUUAUUCCAUAAACAUAUUUAUAAAGUUCAGAUGUUUCAUCAAUGCAGUUCUCAUCUAAGUAUUUACUUUUUAAAAACAAUUGAGAUAUUCAUUUUCUUUUAUCAAUACGCACAUAUACUGGGGGAAUUUAUUUUGACAUGACGUGAUAAAAUGUGAAAAAAAAUCAAUGUGUCUCAGGCUCACGUUUUUAUAAAAAAAAAAAAAUUAAAUGUUUCAAAAUAGAACAUCUGUUCCCUCGUUGGUGUUCAGGGCCAAGCUAGUACUUCAGUGAUUUACUCAGUCAACCAGUUACUGCACUCUCAAGGAGCAUCACCACUUAACUUCAAGCAUAUCUGAAAAAAUCUAUCAUUUUCCUCUAACUGAAGCAAAAGUGAUUACUUACAGGCACAAAGAGGAUGCACUGUUGAAAAAAGAUAAAGGAUAAAGAGUGCAGCGGCAGUUUCAUUCAAUACAUUUUAAGAUGCAUGUCUGUCAAACUGCAACAUAUGGGAAGUUUAUUUCCUGACAGCAGGUGUACACAUGCCAAUACUUAAUCAUUUUACGGCACCUACUUCUUUCUCUGAGUGCCAAGUUUACAAACCUGCAGUUUUUAAUUUGGUGGAUGACAAAUAUUCUGUACCACUGAUUAAAAACUUUUCUGGGAGGGAUGGGGGAAAACUACAAAUGCUUGAUGAACACUUGAUUCUAGGAUAAACAAUGUAUA